AUUUUCACAUCCCUAUAAACAGCACGUGUAUAAAAAGAAUUGCUGUUUAUAUUCUCCUCAAAAUGGAUGUUGUCAAAGAAGUUUUAGCCAAACACCAAAAGGAGUUGGAAAAAUACAAACCAAUUACAGUAGAGAAGCACCUGGAAUGCCGCCUGGAUGUGGGAACACUACUGAUUACAGAUCCCAACGACUUUGAUGACCGGGAACUCAGGGACAACAGAGAGGAGUACUUGACUGCCCUCACCCGAGAAAACACCCAGCUGCUGCUCAAUGCCAUUUGGGAGUUGCCCACCGAGCGUGUGGAUGAGAGCAUUGUAGCCAAGCUGCCGGAACCAACCACAGUCCUGCCGCGUCUUCGUAAAGUACCUGGCCCGCGUCCACUCACCAAAUGGGAGAAGUUUGCCAAGGAGAAGGGCAUCACCAAGAAGAAGCGCGACAAGAAGACCUACGAUGAAACGCUGGAUAAAUGGGUGCCCACAUAUGGCUUCAAGCAUGUCGAGGCUGAGAAGAGCAAGGACUGGGUCCUGGAGGUGCCUCAGAAUGCGGAUCCCAACACAGACAUGUUCCAAAAGAAGAUUGAUUUGCGCAACGAGAAGGUGGCCAAGAACGAAAUCCAGCGAAUGAAGAACAUUGUGCGGGCCAGGAAGGUCGAUAUGCCGCGCAGUGGUUAUCUGGGUCCUGAAGCUGCCUCGUCCAGUCAGCUGCUGACGGCGGUUACCGUGGCCAAGUCUUCGACGGCCUCCGUCGGCAAGUUCCAGAACAAGCUGCCCAAGGAGAAGGAUGCACGUGGUCUGGGCAUAAAGGAACUGAUACCGGGUGGCAAGCGAAAGGCAUCCCACAUUACCAGCAACGAGAGGGAGGCCAAUUUGGAUCUCAUCAAGAGUGUGCUGCACAAGAAGCCCAAGCUGAAUGUGGACAAGGCGAUAUCAAUGCAAAAGGAAGAAGAUCGCUUGGCGCGCGAGGCUGAGGGUGGACCUGUCAGAAAGGCCAAGCCAAAGGGCAAGGGCAGUCGCAAGGCGGUGGGCAAGAAGCCCAAGGGCAACCACGGCCAGCGUGCACCUGCCAAAAAGGCCCAGGCUGGGCGCAAACGUCGCUAGAGGAUAAUCAAAGGCCUUAGGACACUUUUAAUAACGCAAAACAGCAUACACUUAUGAAUAAUAAAAGGAUAGACAUAAGACAUACCCUAA